AUGGCGAGCGAAAAUCCUGAUGUCGUUGUCGUAGCUCCGGUGGUGGAAAAUGGCGAAUCUUCCAAUGGAAAAGAGGAACAAUUGGAAUCAGAGCUUUCGAAGAAGCUUGUGAUUGGUGACUCCGACGGUGUUUCUUUCGAGGUAGAAGAACCGGUGGCUCGCCAAUUUCAGAUCGUAGCACACAUGAUCGAAGACGAUUGCGCCGGAAAAACAAUCCCUAUUGCAAACGUUACCGGUAACAUCCUCUCGAAAGCGAUCCAGUACUGUGAAAAGCAUGUCGAAGAAGAAGGUGGUGAGUUUAUGAAACCACAUGAAAAAGAUAUGGAUAUGGUUUUUCAACUUAUUCUCGCUGCUAAUUACCUCAGCAUCAAAGGGUUUCUCGAUCUCACUUGUAGGACUGCCGCGAAUUACAUCAAAGACAAAAAACCUGAAGAAGUGCGUAAGAUUUUCAACAUUGAGAACGAUUUCACACCUGAAGAAGAAGCAGAGAUUCUCAAAGAGAACGAAUGGCCUUUUCAAUGA